AUGUCGGGUAAAAACUUCCAGGGACUGAAGGAACAGGCUGAAGGUGCAGCAAAAGAUGCUGCAAACGCAUUGGGACAGGCUACUCAGGACGCAGUCAACCAGAUUACAGAUGCAAGCCAGAAAGCUAUUGACAAGGCUUCCAAGACAGUGCAAGAUGGGGUAGAAAAAGCAACCGGACAAGCUGCAGAAGCAAUGUCUGGCCUUGGGAAAAAAUGUGGACUUAAGAAAUGAUGCUAAUUUAAACAAACAGUAUUGCAUGUAAAAAUCUCUCUUUAGUCUGCAAUUCCCUACUCCUUUGUGUAGAAAAAAAAAGCUGUUCGAGAUCGGGAUAAUUUCUUUCUCUCCAAAUACAAAAUUUUAAGGCAAAAGGCCCCCCUCAUCCUUCAUAUAGGAAAAAACCAUCUUUUAGCACAUCUUGUAACAUCUGUUCACAAUCUUCAAAACGGCUCUUAAGGCUUCAGCAAUGCUAUUGCCCUCCUCUUACAACAGUGCAAUGAUUAUUGCCACAGUUGCUGAGCGUAUUUACAAAACCAGUGAAAGCAUUCAUACUCCAGGACACCAGAACAUUCGUGUGAUGAAACUGAGUUUCCUUCCAGUAAUCAGAAGUUAAGCUGGGGUUAUAUUUCACGUCAGUUGUUUGUUUGUUCCCAUCUGCUGUAUUUUCAGAUUAAGAUAAA